ACGCUGAUUCCUGAUCAGCUUCAGUUUUUAUUAUCAUAGCUUGGGUAUUAGGUGUGGAUUGUGUUAGCUGAUCCUGGAUCAUCUUUCAUACGAAGAAUCAACGCGAACCCUUUACGGAACUUGAUCAGGCAAAAUUAAUCGAUUACUCGUUUUGUUUACAAGGUCUGGAUUUAAAACCAGAACCUAAAUAAUAAGGCGUACUUGUCACCUAUCUCUUUUGAGACUGACCGUUGCAUCUGUUGUCGGUAUAGUUGCAUGCUUGAAAAUAAGCUAGUAUACCUAAAUAGAUGGAAAAUCGGAAGAACUUUGUAUGGAUUGUGUCAAUUAGGUAGCUAGCUAGAGCAGAUCUCGAACACAUCUCUAACCAUGAACAUCUCACAUUGGACCACUGGGAAAAAAAUUGUUCACCUCGAUUUCAAGGGAGCUCCACCUAGAAUGAGCUACCUGCAGAAGCUCAUCCCUCUGAUUGCUGACCUGGGUGCAGAUGGCUUACUUUUAGAGUACGAAGACAUGUUUCCUUAUGAUGGAGAGCUGAAGGUCCUUCAAGCUACUGAUCAUCCUCCGUACAGUCCUGAGGAGAUUAAGAUGAUCCAAGAUAUGGCCAAGUCCAGUGGGUUAGAGGUCAUUCCCUUGGUACAGACCUUUGGACAUCUGGAGUUUGUUCUGAAGCACAGGGCAUUCUGGGAGCUGCGAGAGGUGGGUUUCUGUCUGGGCACAUUGAAUCCUCAUCGGGAGCAGAGUGUGAAGCUGCUACUGGACAUGGUGCACCAGGUGCUGGAGCUACACCCUGAUAUUAAGUGCCUACACAUCGGAGCAGAUGAGGUGUACCUCUUAGGCCAAGGGGAGGAAUCCAGGCGUUGGCUGAGUACUCCUGGCCAGGACAUUCACCAGUUGUUCCUUGGUCACGUGACGAAGGUGGCAAAGAGUAUACGGGCAACCUGGCCUCACCUCAGUCUAGUAAUUUGGGAUGACAUGCUGAGGAAUAUGAGCCCAGACACUCUCAAAGACAGCGGUCUUGUCAACCUGGUCCAGCCAAUGCUGUGGGACUACAGCCCUUCUCUUGAUGUGGAAGGCACAGUUUGUCUGAUGGAGAAGUACAGGAGUGCAGGUCUUUGCCAGAUGUGGGCGGCCAGUUCAUUUAAAGGCUCCACUCACGUGAGCGCCUGCGUGACUCCCACUCAGAGGCACGUGGACAAUCACCUGCAGUGGCUGCAAGUGGCGGCCGCAGUGCCUGAUGGGGUGGAACUGCAGGGCAUCGCCAUCACUGGCUGGCAAAGGUAUGAUCACCUGUCCGUCCUGUGUGAACUGCUGCCCGUGGGCCUGCCAUCCCUGGCUUCCUGUCUGGAGACGCUGCGCUGUGGCAGCUUCAGUGAGGAGGCUCAGAGAAAUGUCACAGAGGCUCUUGGGAUCUCCUCCGUGGAGGUAGAAGGCUUGCUGUGCAGCCCCUGCUCAGGCGGCACUUCCCCGUACCCUGGGCAGAGGCUGGCAGAACUGGUGGUGGAGCUGACUGCACUGCUGCAGUCUGAGGAGCUCAGUUUCGUGGACACCAACAUGUAUGUGAAGGGAUGGUUCACCCCCUACCACAGGCGGAGGAAGGUCGUCAACCCCCUUAUAUUACAGCAAAUCCAGCAUCAAGCUACAACUUUGCUGGCGAGGUUAGAGCCGAAGGUGGAGGCCGCGACACAGGAGAUGAGGCACCUGUUUCCUGACUCCACCGCACAGGAGUGGAUACAGCAACACGUGAGUGCGGUGUUGGAGCCCCUCCAGAGUUUACUGGAAGACGUGCAGGUAACCAUCCGGGGGAUGCUCCCAUCCAAUGCUCACCCCCUCCCUGCUGGGCAAUAAAGGAAGAAGAGGAGG